UGGUAAGAUGCGUCUGCGUGUUUGGAUCGUGCCCCAUGGAAAGCAGGCAUUCGAGCUGGUCCAUCACCCGCAUCAAAUUCCAGCAGCCAUGCAGGCGAGGCAGACGGAUCUCGCGUGAGACGCCUUCCCGUUGAUAAGUUGCGAGUCGAUCAGAGCAUGUAUGCGCCUAUUGACGAACGAUGGACGCCUGCGCCUGCGUCGAAGCCGACGCUGAUGCUGAUGCCGGUGCUGAUGCCUGAUGCUGACUCAUCGCAUCCACCGUCUCACGAGCAACCCAUCGCACAUCCACUUUCGACGCUCUUCCAUACAAAAUUUCCCGAUUUGGCGGCCUUGCCCGCGCACAAAAUUGUGCUAAUUUCGACACAUCCAACGCGCGGAAUGCGAACGCGCACCCGCAUUCGUGGUUCCAGUGAUUCACGAUUGGCCUUGACGAUUUUGACUCGUCGCUUUGGGGAGACCUGCGCUCGCUGCUGCUCUCGACCUGCAACCCCAUCGAAUGCUUUUUGCGAAUGGGUGGACAAACUUUGAGCUUGCAGCAAGGUAUCGCAUGGUGAUCGAUGUUAGGAUGCGAGUGAUGAGUGCAAGUGUGUCCAUGCGAUGAUGGGCGCCCCCGCGAUGAGGGUCCGAGGUAGGUGAUGGAUGCGUGGUCUCACGAGUCACACUCAAGACUCUUGACU